CACGUGACAAUUCUGUCACCGCACGUCAGCUACACGGUUCUGCAGAGUGAAUACUGGGAAGGUUUCGUUUCCUUUACAGCGUGAAAACAAAAGACAUGCUGGUGCUCUUGGAGCCGUUACAGGAGACACAGGGCCAAUGGAAGGAUUCUUCGUGACAAUUUCAGAGGCAGCGUGUCUUGGAGUGAGCCUUGCUCUCUCAGGCGUCUCCUUCUACCUAUAUAAGAAGAGCCGAACAACAAUAGACAAACUCAACAAUGCUCCACGGUUACCCAUAGAUAAAACACUCAAGGACAUCUUGAAAGUUACUCCAGGAGCGUGUCUACGGUAUGUCGUCAUUGAAGGUGGUGUAAAACCAGCUGGAAAGCCUCUCAUUAGUUGGCACAACAAAGAAAAUGUUGGUGUGCUGCGUAGAUUCAUGGUGAAAGAACACAGGCUGUUGUGGAACGGAUUUUUACGUACAUGGACAGAUAAUGAACGACUCUUGCACGAAAACAUAGAGGCGGUGCCCUUUUUAUUAGUGGGACUGGAUAAUACCGAAAUCAGAGUCUUGUCGCCUUUACAGGCCACUGGGCUGGACAUGGAGGUCACAUAUGAGAAAUUUCACCAGGUCAGUCACAGUUUGGGUGACCUCAUGGGACAGUACUUUACUGGGGAGAAGCCAAAAGGUCAACUGGAGAUCGAGGAAAUGCUCAAAGUGGGGACAAAUCUUACAGGUGUAGGCGAGUUGAAUCUGGACACAGAUGGCACUCUGAGUCUCCGACCCCCUUCUAACGGUUCACAGUACUUCCUGACCCCAGCGGACUUCGACACCCUGCAAGGGGAGAAUGAAGACAUCGCUUUUUGGUGGAAAGUGCUGGCCAUUACUUCUGCUUUGGCAGGGGCAGCAAUCAUUUUCUGGGCCGGGUUACGCUACUACCGCCACCUUAAGGCUCUCAGGGACCAGGAACGGGAAAGAAGGGAAUUUAACAGACUGCAAAAUAAUGUACCAGACCAGGACAACCUUCAAGACGUGGCCAUGUGUGUUAUUUGCCUCAGUCAGCCCCGUAACUGUGUCCUGUUGGACUGUGGACACGUGUGCUGCUGCCACACCUGCUACCAGGCUCUGCCACAGCAAUAUUGCCCUAUUUGUAGACAGAGCAUUGUGAGAGUGCUACCUCUAUAUCAAGUCUGACGUAUUUGUGGAAUCGGGUCACUUCAGUAGAAGCUUCACGUCUAAAUUGCUUAACUUAUUAAAUUCAAAAUUAAAUGUGAGUCAUGUUG